AUGAUCUUCUCCGCUGCCACCUUUGUCUCUGUCCUUGCUGCUGCUGCCACUCUCGUCAGUGGUGCUUCAGUCAAGCGCCAGGGCGUUGACAACGGCUCUUGUGCCCAGCUCGAAAACAUAUGUUCUAACAAUGUUGCGAGCACUCUCCAGAAUAUUUGGGCGGUUGAGUCUUGCUUGUUCGCGGGUGUAUGCUUCGAGAGGAACGGCACCACCUUGGAUGACUUUUUGCGUGUCAUGUGGGAGAGGAAGGGCAACAGCGGCAACCCCCCGGCGAGCAUAAACAUACCGAGGGUCCCUCAGGGUACCUUCAACGCUAUCUCCGGCGGUCCGGUCGGGGGUGGUGGGAGUAUCACUCAGCAGAACUAUAUCGAUGGGUAUUACCACACUCUUGACGCAACCAAUGGCCCGUACCCCACCAGCUCGUCCAUUGUCAUCAGCGACUUUCACCGUAUCGCCUCCUGGGCCAACUUCUGCACCGGAGGGAUACCUUACCAGAACUUUGCCGAUUACUUCCAGUACAGCGCCAGCCGCCCCGCGAACUUCUGCCCGACUUAA